AUGGAGUCUACGUUCUUGGCAUUCAUCAUAGCGUUUGCCUGUUUUGCCUUGGUGAUACCGAUCUACCUCCUCAUUUUGGGCGUACUGGCAUUACUGUCAGGUUCUAACCACGAUGAUGAGUUGGAGACGGGAGCCUUGUUCCCUGAUGCUGAACCGGAUUGCAACGACAAAAGUGUUGUGAUUGUGACGUUCCUUGUUGUUCUGUUGUGUGGGUCACUAAUAUCAGGAAUGGUGCUAAGUAACGAACAGUCACGUAUGGCGGCGGAAGACAGCCGCAACGUGGUUAGUUGCGCCUGCGCAGAUAUAGCAGCCUGGCUUUCUGCUGCGGCGCGAGAGUUGCAUCAAGGGCUUGUACCACCAAUUGACAUGGUAUUAUAUGCUUACAAGAAUGACUUGAAGAACGUCGACACUCUUUUGGGAGAUCCGAUUCAACAAUCGAUUGCUUCGGAGAGCGGCAUCGAUUUCGUUCUGGAUUCAUUAAUGGAUAUUGUAAUUGAGAGCAAGGAGCUGUCAUCAAAGAUAACAUCUCUACGCAACUACACGAUGAAGGCGAGAAGUUUAGCUUCUGUUGCCUCAGACAGGAUUCAGGAACUACGGCGACAGAUCGACAACUUGAAGAAGCUUUGUAACACCAAGGACGCACCGCUGUGUGACACUAUCAAUACGAAUACGUUGAAGUUGCAAAUGCAAUUCGAUUCAAUCCUUCAUGAACCUCAACUAUUAGACCUGCGUGCUCUGGGCGUAGAGAACUUAACACAAGCGAUAUCUCAGGCGAGGCAGGAGUUCCAAACCUUACCUUCCGCCAUUCUCGUGCAGACAGAAUCUGUUAGAGAUGAUGUCAUCCGUGACAUAGAAGUUCGUCGUCAAAUGGUGCACAACUCGGCACGAGUCCUGAAGAAUAUAGUCCGUCACUUGACAUCAGGAUUACGCAGUUUGGCUCAUAAGCUGGAAGGAGGGCUUGAAAGGCUGGAGAAAUAUGACUAUUGGCGGUGGAUACUAAUGCUUGCCUGCACGAUAGCCUUCGCCUGUGUGAUGUUGCUUAUAUUCUUUGCCCUGCUCUGUGGUUGUGGAAAUGCUAAAAUUCACGCAAAACGGACAUUACAAGUAUCAUCCCUAUGGUUAUGCCUGGUCUCUCUCAUUUUAUGGUGCGUGAUAUCCGCCACCUUCCUCAUCGCGGGACAUGCCGAGGUAUUUAUAUGUCACGCGUUGUGGGACUCGCCUCAGUACAGCACUCUGUCGUCCCUCUUGGACCGGCCCUCACCUCUUUUGCAACACAACGAGGGAAUUUUCGAUGUGUUACUACGUGAACUAGAAAAUGUCACCAUUGAAGUCUCCGUCAGAGAUGUUUUGAGGGACUGCGAGAAAAAUCGUCCAGCCUACGUAGUCUUUCAACUGGACAAGAUGUUGGACGUCAACAAAGAGACGUCGUACUUCGAAUGGGAGGAACUCCAGGCAGACCUUGACCGGCUCUCAUCGGCCAUCGAUGUGGGCUUCCUCAAAACUAUAUCGUUUAACUUUAACCGGCUAUUACACGAUAUACUUGAUAUAUCGGAUGUUAAUAUGACCAAAUAUAGGUUAGAAUACGAUGGUCCAGUGGUAGGGAAAGACCUGCCAUCGCUGAUAGACCAAUUGGAAAACGUCGCAGCUCAGGUCACUGACCUCUCUACAGCGGGAAGAUUGGAAACUCUAGCUUCAAGAACCCAAAAAUUACACUCGGCGAACAUAAAACCACUGGAACAGCUGCGAGCGAAUCUAGUCUUUAGGCUGACAGAAUUAGAACUACAAUUGAUUCCAUUUCGAAGGAAAUUGAACAUUUCCCUCAGCCACAUUCAUACAGCGCAGUUUUAUAUCAACAACCAAGGGCAUAUCAUCGCGCAGAAGAAAGUGUCGACAUUUGUGUCCCGGCUGGUGUCACACACGGCCGGUUGGCGGACACACGUGCUGACCUCUGCCGGAAAACACGCGGGAAAGUGUCGGCCUCUUUUCACUGUAUACUCGGCGAUAAGGUCGUUAUUAUGUACUAAAUACGUCGCUUCAUUGCACGGUUGGUGGUUCUGCGGCGUCCUCUUAGGCAUAUUCUGGUUCACCACACUGACACCGCUCUGUGUAAAAUUGUGGCGAUCGUUCGGCAAAAAGAUUAGAGCAUUAGAAACUUUAAACCUCACAAGCUUAAGCAGUCAGCAAGGCACACCAGCUACGGCGGUUUGUGAUGACAAUAACUGGAGUGCCCCUCCAGGUCCACCACCUCCAAGAAAUGAUAGCUGGUGA